AUGACGUCGUUGAUAACCACUGAGAUACCUAUGCCAUCGCCCAAGGGGUCAUCUGACUUCCAAUUGCGUAGGCGACGAGCUGCUAAAUUGACGCAUUUCUUCGGCGUGGAUUAUCGUGAGCUUAUUCAUGAUAUCUUAGAAAGCAUUGAGAAGGGCGUGGAAGAGGAAAGGAAGAGAGGGACGCUUCGGCCCGAGGAAGUUGAAUCUUUGCUGCAUAAGCUUCAUGAUCUUCGGACGAGACAGGAUGGGUUUUUAUAA